AUGGGCCACAAGCUCAUGUGCACUCACGAAAGACGGCCAGGCCUGACGAAAGCAAAAAGGAGGCGCAGGGGCCACCUGCCGCCGAUGCCCGGCCCACCCAGCGGUGGCCCAACGCGCCCCCAGGGCGUCGGGAGAGGGCGGCCGGGAGCCAGGACGCCGCCCCCCGGCGCAAGCCCCGCACCCGCCUGGAGACCUAAACGGGUGGGGGUCCCCACCAUCGCGGCGCUGCUCAGCCUGGUAACCGUCGUCAUCGUGGCCGUCCUCAUCAAGGUGAUCCUGAGUAAAUACUACUUCAUCUGCCACGGCCCCCUGACCUUCGUCCCGAGGAAGCAGCUGUGUGAUGGGCAGCCCGACUGCGCCCGGGGAGAGGACGAGGCAGACUGCGUCAAGGACUUCCCCGAGAGGCCCGCGGUGGCAGUGCGCCUCUCCAAGGAUCGAUCGACCCUACAAGUACUGGACCCAGGCACGGGGAACUGGGCCUCCGCCUGUUUUGACAACUUCACGAAAGCACUGGCCAAGACAGCCUGUGGACAGAUGGGCUAUCACAGCCAACCAUCUUUCAGAGCAGUGGAGAUCAGGCCGGGCCAGAACCUGAUUGUUCUUCCAGUUACAGAAAACAACCAGGGACUUCAGGUCCAGAACUCAAGUGGACCCUGUGUCUCAGGCUCCCUGGUUUCUCUGCAAUGCCUGGCGUGCGGGAGGAGCCUGAAGAGCCCGCGGGUGGUGGGCGGGGAGGAGGCCUCGGUGGAGUCCUGGCCGUGGCAGGUGAGCCUGCAGUACAAGCACCAGCACGUCUGCGGCGGGAGCGUCCUCGACGCCCACUGGAUCCUCACCGCCGCCCACUGCUUCCGGAAGUACCUGGAUGUGUCCAACUGGAAGGUCAGGGCGGGCUCCCACCAGCUGGGCAGCUUCCCAUCCCUGCCCGUGGCCAAGAUCUUCGUCACUGAACACAACCCCUUGUACCCCAAGGAGAAGGACAUCGCGCUCGUAAAGCUGCAGCAACCACUCACGUUCUCAGGAGAGAUGUCCAGCACGCUGCUGCAGGCCACCGUCCAGGUGAUUGACAGCGCCCGGUGCAAUGCGGAGGACGCCUACCAGGGGGAAGUGAACCAGCAGAUGCUGUGCGCAGGCCUCCCAGAUGGCGGCGUGGACACCUGCCAGGGUGACAGUGGGGGGCCCUUGAUGUACCAGUCUGACCAGUGGCAGGUGGUGGGCAUCGUGAGCUGGGGCCAUGGCUGCGGGGGUCCCAGCACCCCAGGAGUGUACACCAAGGUCACAGCCUAUCUUGACUGGAUCUACACCGUCCGGAAGUCUGAGAUGUAAAGCCGCUGACCCUCGGUCCGUACUGAGAUGCGUCCCCACUUCCUUGCCCCGCGCCCCCAGAACCCUCGGAAGUCAGACACAGAGCCAGAGCCCC